AUGACCUAUCCUCAGCAUUACGCUACAGAGGAAUUCCCCCCCGACGCCGGAAAGGAAAUUUCCACUGUCUAUGCAAACGACCCAGCAACAACCGCCGAACUCUUAGAGUCUCUCAUCGAGAGAGACGGCGCUGUCAUCGUCAAAAACCUCGUUCCCCAAUCUCUCUGUGCGCAGAUCAAGAAAGAUCUGAGACCUAUAUUUGACUCUGAUAAACCAGAUCCUGCUGGCUUCUUCCCUAGAACCACAAAGCGUGCUUCUGGCAUUCUUGCAAAUUCACCGGCCAGCGCCAAGCUGGUGGUGAACCCCCUCUUUCAGUCUGUCGCAGAAAGGAUGUUGACCAGCAGAUAUACCUACUGGGAGGGCCAAGAGCAAAAGAGCGUGGCAGCGAAGCCACAAGUUGCAAGCAUAGUAGGUUUCCGUGUUGAGCCUGGCGGCAAGCAGCAGCCUCUCCACAGAGAUGACUCGGAUUACCACACUCGAAACUGCGAUAUGCCGGUGAUGUUGGGUUGCGUCACGGCAUUAUCCAAGACGACAAAGGAAAAUGGCGCAACUGUCAUCAUUCCAAGGAGCCACUUAUGGGGGCCGGACAGAUGCCCUCUUGAUGAGGAAACCAUCUCAGCAGAACUAGAAGUCGGAGAUGCUGCUAUAUUCGUUGGCAACGUAUAUCAUGCAGGAGGCGCAAACGUCACCAAGUAUUCUCCCCCAUCCAGCCUUGCAUUGUGA